UGCAGGUGGCGCCACAUGAGACCGUAAAGCAGCGGCGGGCUGUGAUGACGCUUCUCUGUUGCCAAGAUGUCGGCCCACGAUCAGCUGGUCCUGUGUUUAUGUGAAUUAACGAGGUUACUGUGGAUGUUGCUCCUGCCGCUGGGGUUCCUCUGCGUGCUGCUGAUAGCUGUCCUGGUCCUGCUCGUACUGGCAAUCCGCUUCUGGUUGCAGAGCCUCAGGAAUGCCCGGCGGGCCAGGGAUGCUCGCCCCACCGUGGCCUUCUUCCACCCUUACUGCAAUGCUGGUGGGGGGGGGGGAAAGGGUGCUCUGGUGCGCCAUCAGGGCGCUGCAGAACAGAUUCUACAAAAUGAUGUCAAGCUUACCAAAAUGACCAUGUAUGCGGACAUCAACUUUGUGGUGUACACGGGAGACUUGGGUGUGACCGGGCAGCAGAUUCUGGAGGGAGCCCGACGUCGUUUCAACAUUCUGCUACCUCGACCGGUUCAGUUUGUGUUUCUAAGGCACCGUCUGCUUGUGGAGCCCGGCCUGUUCCCUCACUUUACCCUGCUGGGACAGAGUGUGGGAUCCAUCUUCCUGGGAUGGGAAGCACUGACAGAGUUUGUUCCAGAUCUUUACAUCGACUCAAUGGGUUACGCUUUCACUCUCCCCCUGUUUCGCUACCUGGGAGGCUGCAGUGUGGGGAGCUAUGUCCACUACCCCACCAUCAGCACCGACAUGCUGUCUGUGGUGAGGGAGAGGAACCCAAGGUUCAAUAACCCGGACUACAUCUCCAACAGUUUGUUCCUGAGCGCCUUUAAGGUGGUCUACUACUGCCUCUUCGCCUUGCUGUACGGCAUGGCUGGCUCCUGCAGCGACCUCAUCAUGGUCAACUCCUCCUGGACCCUUGAUCAUAUCCUGUCACUGUGGCGCUCUCCAAACCGCACCAGCGUGGUCUACCCGCCCUGCGACGUCAGCGCCUUCUUGGACAUUCCACUGGAAGACGAUGGGGACAGGAAGUGCCACUCCAUCGUUUCCAUCGGGCAGUUCAGGCCGGAGAAGGACCACCGGCUGCAGAUCAGGGCCUUCAAAAAGGUGUUGGAGAGGAGGAGGGAGGGUUUGAAGCUGGUUCUCAUUGGUGGAUGCAGGAAUCAGGAGGAUGAAGACAGGGUGCUGAUGCUGAGAGGGCUGUGCCAGCAGCUUGGUGUGGCUGACCGAGUUGAGUUCAAACUGAACGUAACCUUUGAAGAGCUAAAGAGAGAAAUGGGGGAAGCCACCAUUGGACUGCAUACCAUGUGGAACGAACACUUUGGAAUAGGUGUUGUGGAGUGCAUGGCGGCAGGGAAGGUGAUCCUGGCCAACAAGUCUGGGGGUCCCAAGCUGGACAUCGUUGUACCUUUUGAGGGGGCCCAGACCGGCUUCCUUGCAGAUGACGAGGACAGUUACGCUGACGCAAUCGAGCAGAUCCUGGCGAUGGCGCCUGCUGGCCGUCUGCAGAUCAGACGCCGUGCACGGCAGUCUGUGGCGCGCUUCUCUGAUCAGGAGUUCGAAGCCUGCUUCCUUGCUGCUAUGGAGCCUCUAAUGGGAACACUGGAGCGAUGAAAGGAUAAAACAUUUGAACACCUUGAAACUGUAUUGGAGUGAAUUCAGUGAUGGUGCAGUGAUUAGAGUUUGUAGUUUUUAGGAUACAUUCCUUUGUCGGCAGUGCUGGUUUUGUUCAAUUUAUCUGUAUCAAAGGGGAACAAAUAAUCCUCAGUUUCAUUACAUGAUCCACAGAACUGUUAAAGGGGAUUAAAGAUGCUAAAUAGCGAAACAUAUUUAUUGUUUACAAGAUGUCAAAUUCUUUUCAUGUGAAUUAUUUUUGAUAUUGAAGAAUUGAAUAAAAGUACAAAUGUGUAUGAAAAUGUUUGCAUUCACAAAGCUUAUUAAAAAAAAGAUGAUCUGUGAAAAGAUGAUGUGGGCUUGUAAAUAAACUGAAGUUACACAAACUGAGCUUAAGGUGUCACACUAAAACCACUAAAAUGUUUUGUUCAUCUCCAU